CCAUCCGGGACAGCUCCUCCUCCCGCCAGACAGAGCUGGCCUCUGUCCCAACAGAUUCCCUGUCACACUGCAGGCGGAGCAGCUGCCAGCACUGGGGGAUGUCAGGCGGGCCGGCAGAGAGCCCUUCAGGGAGAAUCGGGCUUGGUGAGGGACCAGGACUCAGACUCGGCUGGGCUGGGUGAGAGGGAAGCUGAGCUCCAGGUGAAGCCAGGGCAGGUGGGCCAGGCAGGUGGCUUCGGCUGCAGAAGGAAGAGCCUCAGUGCUGCCGGUUGGGUGGGGGAGGUGAGGCACAGGGCAGCGGCAUGGUCAGAACCCCGGCCCUGGAGCCCCGUGGCCUGGUCGGGUGGGUGGUGGAGCUCUGUGGGGCAGGUUUCCGCACCAGGUCUCCUGGGGAAGUGGGGCACCAGGCAGCAGCACCGUCAGAACCCCAGCCCUGGAGCCCUGGUGGCCUUGGUACUUGCUGGGCUUUGAGCAGUCCUCUGUCUUUCCUGGGUGCUGGAGGAUGCCAACCUUGGUACUGUAGUUCAGGGGAGGGCAAGAGGUGCUGGAACACCCCUCCCCACUCCAGUGCCCCAGCGCCAACCCCCAGCUCCAUCCCAUUCUCACCCCAGAGUCAGUCCUGAGGCUGCAAGGCUGGAAGGUGGGGCUACAGGUUGCAGGAGUCUUCACUGGCCUCCGCCCCCUUUCUGGCCUCCAGUCUCUGUGCUCCCACCCCCGUGCCAUGGAGUCCCAGGCCCUCAGCCACCUCUCCACAAGCCCUGGAGAUGACAGCUUUUGUAGGAGAGGGAGGGGCUGGUGGCCCUGGUGGGCCCAGAGUUGGCAAGUGCCCACCCCUACCCAGCGCACUUCCCAUCAGAGCCCCAGCCAGGCCCUUCCUGGAGCUACCAGUUCCCAGCAGCCCUGCUCCAGGGCAGGUCUGGGACCAUCCUGGCCCUGAUGGGAUCAGGCCCUGGCAUCCUGCCAGGGCACAUGCCUAGCCCAAGGUCCCAGCCAGCCCUCUAGGCCCAUAUUAGGGAGUAGUGCCUUCAGCAGCAGGAAGUAGCUCAGGCCCCAUGGGAAAGGUUUGAGGGCCCAAGGUACCGCCCAGCACUGGCCGGCAGGAGGGACAGCUCGGGCCAUGGGAAUCUCAGGAGUCUGCUGUGGCCCCUCGGUGGCCAGCUCAGAAGGACAGAGGCAGCCCUGUGCCGGGAACAGCGCGCUCCUGGACACCGCCGGCCUCAAGAUGAGCGACCUGGACUCGGAGGUGCUGCCCUUGCCGCCGCGCUACCGCUUCCGGGACCUGCUGCUGGGCGACCCGUCCUUCCAGAACGACGACAGGGUCCAGGUGGAGUUCUAUGUCAACGAGAACACCUUCAAGGAGCGGCUGAAGCUGUUCUUCAUCAAAAACCAAAGAUCGAGCCUGAGGAUCCGGCUGUUCAACUUCUCCCUGAAGCUUCUCACCUGCCUGCUCUACAUUGUGCGCGUCCUGCUGGAAGACCCAGCCCUGGGCAUCGGAUGCUGGGGCUGCCCCAAGCAGAACUACACCUUCAAUGACUCGACCUCUGAGAUCAACUGGGCUCCCAUUCUGUGGGUGGAGAGAAAGAUGACACUGUGGGUGAUUCAGGUCAUCGUGGCCAUAAUAAGUUUCCUGGAGACGAUGCUUCUCAUCUACCUCAGCUACAAAGGAAACAUCUGGGAGCAGAUCUUCCGAGUGUCCUUUGUUCUGGAGAUGAUCAACACGCUGCCCUUCAUCAUCACGAUCUUCUGGCCGCCGCUGCGGAACCUGUUCAUCCCCGUCUUUCUGAACUGCUGGCUGGCCAAGCAUGCGCUGGAAAACAUGAUUAACGACUUCCACCGUGCCAUCCUGCGGACGCAGUCGGCCAUGUUCAACCAGGUCCUCAUCCUCUUCUGCACUUUGCUGUGCCUUGUUUUCACGGGGACCUGCGGCAUCCAGCACCUGGAGCGGGCGGGCGAGAACCUGUCCCUCCUGACCUCCUUCUACUUCUGCAUCGUCACCUUCUCCACCGUGGGCUACGGUGACGUCACGCCCAAGAUCUGGCCAUCACAGCUGCUGGUGGUCAUCAUGAUCUGCGUGGCCCUCGUGGUGCUCCCACUGCAGUUUGAGGAGCUCGUCUACCUCUGGAUGGAGCGGCAGAAGUCGGGGGGCAACUACAGUCGCCACCGCGCGCAGACAGAGAAGCACGUGGUCCUGUGCGUCAGCUCCCUCAAGAUCGAUCUCCUCAUGGACUUCCUGAACGAGUUCUACGCCCACCCCCGGCUGCAGGACUAUUACGUGGUCAUCCUGUGCCCCACGGAGAUGGACGUUCAGGUGCGCAGAGUCCUGCAGAUCCCACUGUGGUCCCAGCGGGUCAUCUACCUCCAGGGCUCUGCACUCAAAGACCAGGACCUCAUGCGGGCCAAGAUGGACAAUGGGGAGGCCUGCUUCAUUCUCAGCAGCAGGAACGAGGUGGACCGCACAGCAGCAGACCACCAGACCAUCCUUCGUGCCUGGGCCGUGAAGGACUUCGCCCCCAACUGCCCCCUCUACGUCCAGAUCCUCAAGCCUGAAAACAAGUUUCACGUCAAGUUCGCCGACCAUGUGGUGUGUGAGGAGGAGUGCAAGUAUGCCAUGCUGGCGCUCAACUGCAUCUGCCCGGCCACCUCCACCCUCAUCACCCUGCUGGUGCACACGUCCCGCGGCCAGGAGGGACAGGAGUCCCCGGAGCAGUGGCAGCGCAUGUACGGGCGCUGCUCCGGCAACGAGGUGUACCACAUCCGCAUGGGCGACAGCAAGUUCUUCCGCGAGUACGAGGGCAAGAGCUUCACCUACGCGGCCUUCCACGCCCACAAGAAGUACGGUGUGUGCCUCAUCGGGCUGAAGCGGGAGGACAACAAGAGCAUCCUGUUGAACCCGGGGCCGCGGCACAUCCUGGCCGCCUCCGACACCUGCUUCUACAUCAACAUCACCAAGGAGGAGAACUCGGCCUUCAUCUUCAAGCAGGAGGAGAAGCGGAAGAAGAGGGCGUUCUCGGGGCAGGGGCUGCACGAGGGUCCGGCCCGCCUGCCCGUGCACAGCAUCAUCGCCUCCAUGGGGACGGUGGCCAUGGACCUGCAGGGCACAGAGCACCGGCCCACGCAGAGUGUCGGGGGUGGCGGGGGCAGCAAGCUGGCACUGCCCACGGAGAACGGCUCAGGCAGCCGGCGACCCAGCAUCGCACCCGUCCUGGAGCUGGCUGACAGCUCGGCCCUGCUGCCCUGCGACCUGCUGAGUGACCAGUCAGAGGACGAGGUGACACCCUCAGACGACGAGGGGCUCUCCGUGGUGGAGUAUGUGAAGGGUUACCCUCCCAACUCACCCUACAUUGGCAGCUCCCCAACCCUGUGCCACCUCCUGCCUGUGAAAGCCCCCUUCUGCUGUCUGCGGCUGGACAAGGGCUGCAAGCACAACAGCUAUGAAGAUGCCAAGGCCUACGGGUUCAAGAACAAGCUGAUAAUUGUGUCAGCAGAGACGGCCGGCAAUGGGCUGUACAACUUCAUUGUGCCGCUGCGGGCCUACUACAGGUCCCGCAAGGAGCUGAACCCCAUCGUCCUGCUGCUGGACAACAAGCCCGACCACCACUUCCUGGAAGCCAUCUGCUGUUUCCCCAUGGUCUACUACAUGGAGGGCUCCGUGGACAACCUGGACAGCCUGCUGCAGUGCGGCAUCAUCUACGCUGACAACCUGGUGGUGGUGGAUAAGGAGAGCACCAUGAGCGCCGAGGAGGACUACAUGGCGGACGCCAAGACCAUCGUCAACGUGCAGACCAUGUUCCGGCUCUUUCCCAGCCUCAGCAUCACCACGGAACUCACCCACCCUUCCAACAUGCGCUUCAUGCAGUUCCGUGCCAAGGACAGCUACUCUCUGGCUCUUUCCAAACUAGAAAAGAGGGAGCGAGAGAACGGCUCCAACCUGGCCUUCAUGUUCCGCCUGCCAUUCGCAGCCGGCCGCGUCUUCAGCAUCAGCAUGUUGGAUACGCUACUCUACCAGUCCUUCGUGAAGGACUACAUGAUCACCAUCACCCGGCUGCUGCUGGGCUUGGACACCACACCAGGCUCCGGCUACCUCUGUGCUAUGAAAAUCACCGAGGGCGACUUGUGGAUCCGCACCUAUGGCCGCCUCUUCCAGAAGCUCUGCUCCUCCAGUGCUGAGAUCCCCAUCGGCAUCUAUAGGACAGAGAGCCACGUCUUUUCCACCUCGGAGCCCCAUGAUCUCAGGGCCCAGUCCCAGAUCUCAGUGAACAUGGAGGACUGCGAGGACACGCGGGAAGUGAAGGGGCCCUGGGGCGCGCGCGCUGGCACUGGAGGCAGCUCCCACAGCCGCCACACAGGCGGCGGCGACCCCGCAGAGCACCCGCUGCUGCGGCGCAAGAGCCUGCAGUGGGCACGGAGGCUGAGCCGCAGGGGACCCAAGCAGGUGGGCCGGGCAGCGGCCGCGGAGUGGAUCAGCCAGCAGCGCCUCAGCCUGUACCGACGCUCUGAGCGCCAGGAGCUCUCCGAGCUGGUGAAGAACCGCAUGAAGCACCUGGGGCUGCCCACCACCGGCUACGAGGACGUAGCAAAUUUAACAGCCAGUGAUGUCAUGAAUCGGGUAAACCUGGGAUAUUUGCAAGAUGAGAUGAACGACCACCAGAACACCCUCUCCUACGUCCUCAUCAACCCUCCACCUGACACGCGGCUGGAGCCCAAUGACAUUGUCUAUCUCAUCCGCUCCGACCCCCUGGCUCACGUGGCCAGCAGCUCCCAGAGCCGGAAGAGCAGCUGCAGCCACAAGCUGUCAUCCUGCAACCCCGAGACUCGAGAUGAGACCCAGCUCUGACACAGACAGAGCUCAGGCUGCCAGGCGGGAGAGUUGUGCCCUGCCAGGGUCCUCAGGAAGGACGUGGAGGAGCGAGUGAAGACGCUGUGGCACUCGGGUGACCCUAGGAUGCCACACUCUGCUCACGUGGCUCCCGGAACUCCACCCAGAAAGGAGGCCCUCAUGCUGUGCGGGGGAGGGCCAGCUUACCUCUGGGCACCUGCAGGCUGGUGGGGAGAGUUUUUUAACCUAUUUUUACAAAUCGAUGAGUCCAUGUCUCUUUACACAGAUGUACCGCAACUCGUGACCAGGGCUGGUUGGGAGGGCAGUGCAGGGACUGGACACCCUGCAGGGCUGAGGCCAGGCUGUGUUAGAGGGUGGGGCUGGGGUGCAUGGGAAGGGGAGAGAACCCAGAACCCAGGAGCCUCACGUGGGCCACAGCCAGCUCCGAGCCGGCCUGAGUGUUCACAGCCAAGCAGCUUCGCUUCCUGCCAGCCAGGGCCUGGGGGCCAGGGUGCUGGUCUCCAUUCUGUGGGCUGGGCAAGGGGCCCUCUGCUGUUUGCCGUCCUGAGCCCCUUCUGGAAGUCAGAUGCCGUGAAGGGCCCAGGGAAGCCGGGCAUGUGAGAGGGGUGCGUCCCCAGGUUCCCAGACAGCCCUGCUGCCAUUGACCUUUCUGAAGAGAAGCAGGAGAGCUGUUUUCUCUACUUCGCACUGAACUUCUCCAGCUCCUGCGUCUGGGGGACAUUGGGCGCACAGAUGGUGCAUUUCCAUGGACCAUUUUACACCCUUUUAAAGCAACGCCUCGUUUUCUAAACCCCGACCUGUGAAGCACAAUUAAGCCUCCGGGCUGGGCCGUGUGGACGGAGGAUCUCAGCAAGGGGAAUCCCAGCAGCGGCUGACAGUAGGAGCCACCCUGUGUCCUUUGCCGCUGGGUCCUCACUGAUUUGUGUGGGCAGCGCUGGGACCGUCUAUUAAACAGAUGCAUUCUGGAGGCACGAA